CAAGAUCUGGGAAUGGACAUGGUACAUGCACCGUUCACUGUCUCUCAUUGUGAAGUAGUGGACACUAGAACACAUUUAGACUGGAAGGUAUUAAGACAAUCAAGAUGCCUGCGAGCCAGAGUCGAUCCAGGGCGAGGGAGCGUACCAAUGUGCUGAACAGACCUGAGUUUAUGUCUUUAAAUCAGCCUUUGAAGAAUACUAACGCUGAAGCUCGGGGCACAGCACGGAGGCCGUUGCAGAGACAGCAGCAAAGUCAGCACCAACCAGGUGAAAAUGUGCAGCACGAGUCGGUGGAGAAUAAUAAAGAAAGGAAGGAAUUACCAGAGGAAGACUGCAUGCAGCUUCACCCAUCAUUCAAAGGAAUUGCCAUGAACUCUCUUCUGGCCAUAGAUAUCUGCAUGUCCAAGAGUCUCGGUGUAUGCGCUCACACGACAUCAUCAUGUGGAAGCAUGCGCUCCAUGGUCAAUCUGCUCGCGCUCACUGGCCAUGCCAUCCCAUGGAUUUUCGGCACAAUUUUAUGUCUCUCAAGAAGCAACACGUUGGCAGGUCAAGAGGUUUUGGUCAAUUUGCUGCUAGCUCUCUUAUUGGAUGUGAUGACUGUAGCAGGCAUGCAGAAGUUGGUAAAGCGUAAAGGGCCCUGGGAAAUGGCACCCAGUUUCCUCGACUGCCUGGCCAUGGACAUCUAUUCUUUCCCAGCAGCUCAUGCAAGCCGGGCAGCCAUGGUAUCUAAAUUCCUGCUGGCACACUUGGUGCUUGCAGUUCCUCUGCGUAUUUUACUUGUGUUGUGGGCAGUUCUAGUUGGCAUAUCCCGCAUAUUGCUGGGUCGCCACUAUCUGACAGAUGUAGGUUGUGGCUUUGCCUUGGGAUUCCUCCAUUACAGUUUAGUGGAGAUGGUGUGGUUGUCCUCUAGCACUUGCCAGACCCUGAUCUCCAUAGGAACAUUCAACUGGAUCCCCCUCUACUGACCAUUGCAUGUCAUCUAAAGGAUUUAAAAUGCCUCUGUGUCUUUCCUCUGUUCAGGUUAAGUGCCCUCCAUCUAUAUUAAAAGUAUAUAUAUAUAUAUAUAUAUAUAUAUAUAAAAACAUUACCCUAAUCAGCAAACAUCUUUAAGCCUGAUUUAUUUAUUUUUAAAUUUCUGCCAAAGCAAUAUGAAGUUUUGAGAAACACUUUGGAAAAGAAUCAAUUGGAAAUGUUGCCCUUGCUUGAAGAGAAUGAAUAAUGAUGCAAACAUUUAUACUGCUAAAAUCGAUUAAGGCCAAAUCAGAAUAUGUGAUUUAAAGUUGAUUGACUGAUUAUAUCGAUCACAGUAAGAGAGCGAACAAUUGCUCAGUGACUUUCUCAAACUGCAUAAUGAGUUAUGUCAGAUUACUAUUUUCUUGAAAUUGUAUGUAAUUUUCAGAAUAUUUACCUUGUAUUUGAAGAAAUGUUGUAGGCCUAAAUUAAACCAUCAUGGAUUAUUUAACAAGUCACCUUGAACAAUUUAACACUUUUUGGACUGUGUUUGUUUAAAUUCAGUUAUUGAACAUAACAUUUUACUCUGAAUGUUUCACAUGCAUAUUAAUAAAUUACUUAAGUAUUCAUAGUCAACAUUUCAAGUACAUUUUUAACUUUUACCAGAAAGUUGUUUGUAUUAAAUUAUAGUAUAUGUUGUUAAAUUCAAAUUGCAGCAAGCCUCAUGUGCUAUUUUGUACGAUUCUCACAGCAUUGUUAUUUGUGGUAUGGCCACAUAAACAAAUGAAUGUAAAUUAAUUUGAUGC